GUAGCUUCGCGCUGCCCUCCCGUAAUAUCAACGCCUCCGUCGUCACAUUUAUUUUGCAAUUUCGCUUGCCUUCCUUCUUCUCCACUAUCCCCGAACUUUGCUUCUGAUCGAGAGCCCAUUCCCCUCUUUUGUCUCUAAUUUAUCAUUAAAAUUAUUUUUUAAAAAUUAAAAGGAAAAACCGCUGGAUCUGAGUGGUCUCUGGCGACAGUAAAAUGGAAGCUCACGGCGCCGGGCUCCGCCGUGUAUUAGUGUUGGGCUUUUGUGUCAUCGGCAUUUGGUCUGCCUAUAUCUAUCAAGGUGUUCUUCAGGAAACUCUGUCUACCAAGCGAUUCGGUCCAGAUGGGAAGAGGUUCGAACACCUUUCAUUCCUUAAUUUGGCGCAGAAUGUAGUAUGUUUAAUCUGGUCAUGUAUAAUGAUAAAGCUUUGUUCCAGUGGUAGUUCUGGCGGUGCUCCUUGGAGGACAUACUGGAGUGCUGGCAUUACCAACACAAUUGGUCCAGCUAUGGGAAUCGAAGCAUUGAAGUACAUCAGCUACCCGGCCCAGGUCCUGGCAAAAUCUUCAAAAAUGAUUCCAGUAAUGCUGAUGGGUACUUUAGUUUAUGGUAUAAGAUACACGCUUCCAGAGUAUCUUUGUACUUUUCUUGUUGCUGGAGGAGUAUCUACAUUCGCACUCUUAAAGACUAGUUCAAAGACUAUUAGCAAGUUGGCACAUCCGAAUGCACCUCUUGGAUAUGGCCUAUGUACCAUGAACCUUGCAUUUGAUGGAUUUACAAAUGCUACUCAGGAUUCAAUAUCCAAAAGGUACCCAAAAACAAGUGCCUGGGAUAUGAUGCUAGGAAUGAACUUAUGGGGCACCAUUUACAACAUGAUCUACAUGUUCGGCUGGCCACGUGGCAGCGGAUUCGAGGCACUCCAGUUUUGCUGGCUGCAUCCGGAGGCAGGAUGGGACAUUCUCCUCUAUUGCCUUUGUGGGGCAGUGGGCCAGAAUUUCAUAUUCCUGACCAUAAGUCGAUUUGGCUCCCUUGCUAACACCACCAUCACCACCACCCGCAAGUUUGUCAGCAUCGUGGUUUCUUCACUGCUGAGCGGCAAUCCCCUGUCAACAAAGCAAUGGAUGUGCGUUGUCAUGGUGUUCUCUGGGUUGUCAUACCAGAUCUUCCUCAAGUGGAGGAAGUUGCAGAGAUCGCAGAAGAAGAGGAAGCCCAUGUGAGGAGGAAGUGUAACAAUUUUUGAACUUUUAACAACUCCCUCUUUUCCUUUUUGGCCAUUUUAUCCGUCUUUGCUAUAUCAUUUAUAGUAUAACCAUAAAGUUCGAUGGUUUCUAAUUUUAGAUCAUCCUUGCGAAAACAGUCAAUGUAACUGUAGAUUCUUUAUCGAGAAGCACAAUGCUUUGUCAUGCUCUUGUUGCCGAUGCUACUUCAAAUUCUUGGUAUCUUGUAAUCAAUAGUGGAAUAAUGAUAAACAUAAAACAGGUAUUUGGUACGUUCUUAUAAAGUCUGACAGAUUGGUUCCAUUUAA